AUGACCGAGGAACGGCAUCUACUUCUUCUGUUGGAAGAGAGCGAGAGUUCUUUGGUGUAUUUCCAGACCAGGAUUAGGGUUCUGCUGGGCUUGGGCUUGGGCCAACUGUCGCCGGUGCCCCCCCGCCUGUAUUGUGAACAGCGAAACAGUCACACAGACACAGACACAGAGCGAGCGAGAGAGCGAGGAGCAGAGAGGCCGCGAGAGCAGGGUUGGAAUCUCUGCCUAGGUCUGGUCGGUGUAGGACGACGACGACGACGCAGGGAGACUCUCAGAGCCAUGACGAUCGAUGGAGAACCUGCCAAGGUGUUGCUGCCGUACUUGCAGCGUGCCGAUGAGUUGCAGAAGCAUGACCACCUCGCGGCUUAUUAUUGCCGAUUGUAUGCUAUGGAGAAAGGGUUGAAGAUUCCGCCGAAGGAACGCACGAGUGAGACAAAGGCGGUUCUCAUUUCUCUUAUGAAUCAGCUAGAGAAGGACAAGAGGGUUGUGAAGCUGAGCACCGAUGACAAUAUGUACAUGGAAGGUUUUGCCCUUCGUGUGUUCGCCAAGGCUGAUAAGCAAGACCGAGCCGGGCGUGCUGAUCUGAAGACCGCCAUGACUUUUUAUGCGGCGAGUAUCUUCUUCGAAGUCCUGCUUCAGUUUGGUGAAUUGCCUCCGGAUAUACUGGAAAAACAGAAGUACGCAAGUUGGAAGGCCGUGGACAUUCGUAAAGCAUUAUCCGAAGGUAGGAAGCCGGUUCCUGGACCCCCUGUUCCUGACAAAGAUGCACCUGAGGAAGAGUAUACGACUUGGAGCACGGAGGCCAACAACAUCAAUGCACCCGAAACCCAACAACCGAAGUCGUCUUCGAACAGGGAUUCAUUUCUCGGAUCUUCGGAUCCGAAUACCGUUCCUCACAGAAGCUAUACUCAAUUGCCGCCUUCAGAACUCCCUUUACAGCCUUCUCAUAGUAGUUGCCCAGAAGACCUUCCGUCUGCGCCCUCAAAUUCAACACUCUCCUCGUACAAUCAAAAUUCGCAGUCUUCCGCUGAUAAUCCAGGCUAUCCUUCUAAUUCUCCAUCUCACCAGUCACUGUACUCUCAUACUUCUGGUGUAUCCUUUGAUCCGUCGAGUGGAAAUGACAGAAUGCCAGGCCAUCACGUAGUUGGCACCUAUUCAUAUCCUUCAGAUUCUCCAGGUUUUUCUUCAUCACCUCCGCCCAGCCAUAACUCUUAUCCUUCUGCACCUCAGGAUAUGCAAGGUGGUCCAAAUCCUACCCAUUUUUAUCAGCCAUCACAUUGGCCUAAUCCUUCAGCCAACGAUUCUGCCUCUGCGUACCCUUCAUUCUUUCCACCUGCAGGAAGUGGAUUUCAGCUAUCCACUCCACAGUAUCCUACCACGCCACAAGCGCCUCAAGGAGUCUUAAGACACUCAGAACCGCCACCUCUUGCUCGAACAGGUAGUGCUCCUGUUGGACCUGACAGCUCAACAGGAUAUUCAUUGAACGGGAACUAUAACAGUGACUUCAAGCCCUCUGCUGGAGCUGUGGCUGAAGCUCACAAAGCAUCAAGGUUCGCAGUCAGUGCCUUGGCCUUUGACGAUAUUCCAACUGCCAUCUCAUAUCUGACUAAAUCGCUGGAGUUGCUGACAUCUCCUUCUGUCUCUAUAUGACUGCAUGUUAAUCUUGUGUAUAGGCAGAUAAGAACUGUAUCUUGUGAGGUUGUCAUUAUCUAUCUAGUUGUGAAUCUGUUAGUGAGGUGGUUUGGUUUACCAGCUCAUUACUUAGGACUGACGAUGUGCAAUUUAGUGUUAAUUCUUUGCGGUCCAGCUCUAACUUCGCACAAAAGUGCGAAGAUUGUAGAUGAUUUGGGUUAAUCCAGUAUGCAAUACCUGUAAUACAUAUGCACCAAUCAAGGCAUUUAGUGUUGCCUACACUUUACAUGUGGCAUGCACUGUGGUUUGAAUUACCGUCGUGAACCUGGUAUAAAGAAUUGAGGCCGACAUCAAACGU